UGGAUCGCGAGACCCCAGAAAAGUAAGCAAAAACCGAGGAAGAGCACUCACCCAAAAACCCCAAAGAAAUCGAAUCGGGGAGGAAGGAAGAGAAAAAAAAAAAAGGAGAGAGAGAGCACGCGCCGCCGCCCGCCCGCCCACCCACCAUGGCCGCCUCCGCCCGCCGCGCGUCCCAGCUGCUGGGAUCCGCCGCCUCCCGCCUCCUCCACGCGCGGGGCUUCGCGGCGGCGGCCGCAGCCGCGCCGUCGCCGGCGGUGUUCGUCGACAAGAGCACCCGCGUGAUCUGCCAGGGCAUCACCGGCAAGAACGGGACCUUCCACACCGAGCAGGCCAUCGAGUACGGCACCAACAUGGUAGGUGGGGUUACCCCUAAGAAAGGUGGAACUGAGCACCUAGGCCUUCCAGUGUUCAACUCCGUGGCAGAAGCUAAGGCUGAGACAAAGGCAAAUGCAUCUGUUAUAUAUGUUCCACCACCAUUUGCUGCUGCUGCAAUAAUGGAAGCGAUGGAGGCUGAGCUUGACCUUGUUGUCUGCAUUACUGAAGGGAUACCCCAGCAUGACAUGGUGAAAGUGAAGGCUGCUCUGAACAAGCAAUCAAAAACUCGUUUGAUUGGACCAAACUGCCCUGGUAUCAUUAAGCCUGGUGAAUGUAAAAUUGGAAUCAUGCCAGGUUACAUCCACAAGCCAGGUCGCGUUGGGAUAGUAUCUCGAUCUGGUACCUUGACAUAUGAAGCGGUAUUUCAAACAACAGCCGUAGGCUUGGGGCAGUCAACAUGUGUUGGCAUUGGUGGUGAUCCCUUCAAUGGCACUAAUUUUGUUGAUUGCCUUGAAAAGUUUGUUGACGAUCCUCAGACAGAAGGUAUUGUUCUCAUUGGAGAAAUUGGAGGUACUGCUGAGGAGGAUGCUGCAGCCUUCAUCCAGGAGAGCAAAACUCAAAAGCCUGUUGUUGCAUUCAUAGCUGGACUCACCGCUCCCCCUGGUCGUCGCAUGGGUCAUGCUGGAGCAAUUGUAUCAGGGGGCAAGGGUACGGCACAGGACAAAAUCAAGGCUCUUAGAGAAGCUGGGGUUACUGUUGUUGAGUCACCAGCGAAGAUUGGUUCAACUAUGUUUGAAAUUUUCAAGCAGCGCGGAAUGUUAGAUUAGGGAGAACAAAUGGUACAGUAGAAAAAUAUUGGAAAACCUUUUGGUGCUCGUGGGCAACAGCGAGCAAUUCCUUUUUAGAGCCGCAUUGCUGGCCGCGGAACUCAUCAUCUUCCUUUUACCCCACCCUUUCCUCUUCCUUACCUUUGAUGUGAAGAUGGCCUACCUGAGGCUCACUUGUCUCUUUUCAAUAAGACAAAUUCUCGACUUAUCAACAUGAUGCUUUGUUUGGAAACGGUGUGGAGAACCUAAGAUGUUUCAGUUUA